UUCUGGUUUCAUACUGCUGUACACUAAAUUCCAGAACAAGAGCCUGUGGAGUCUUGACAUGCACAGAGACACGAGUCUGUCCUCUGGUUUUUCUGACCACCCCCUAUCAGAUUACUGGAUCUCACACUCUGAGGAAGGCAAUGCUCGGUCCUUGGUGAGAAUGCCCGAUGGGCAGCAGUGCGACAUCUGUGCCCCAUCCCUCGAGAGACGCAUCAAAAUGGAGCAGUCCUGGCAGCUGUGGCAGGAAUUCCUGGAUGACUAUUCCCGGUUCAACGACUGGAUGCACUGGGCUGAAGCCCUGGCCAGGGAGCCCCUCUCUUCACAGGUUCUGUAUUCCGAGGCUAAGGAGGAGCUGAAGAGGUUUGAGUGUCUCCAGAAACGGACGGAAGAACACGUGAUCCAACUUGAGUCGAUAAACAGACGCUACAGGCAGCUGGCCAGGGAACAGGGCAUCAGAUUGGCCGGCAAGCUGAAAGGAAUGGUGCAUGAUGGGAACCAGAGGUGGGACAACCUCCAGAGAAGAGUUGGCAUCAUCUGCAAAAGGCUAAAGUAUUUUGUAACCCAGAGGGAAGAGUUUGAGACCGAGAGGGAGAACCUGUGGUUGUGGCUCAUGCAGUUGGACGUCCGACGCUCCGAGCUGGAAUAUUUCUCCCAGGAAGGGGCAGCAGAAAAGCUCGACUCGCUUCAGGUGUUGCAGCAGGUGAUUGGCAGUGUCACUGAGGGGACUGAUGCCCUGCUGAGGUCGGCAGGAGCCCUGCUCCAGAAAAGUGAGCCCCAAGACGGGGUGACAAUCGAAUCCGAGGUUCAGGAUCUCCUCCAGUUCCAGCAGGAAGUGUUUGGACAAAUGGAUCGGCUUCGCAAGAGAUGCUACAGCAUGAACCAGACGUCUGACGGAUGGGAGUCCCUCAGUAGAGAGUGCCGUGAGUCUGAGAGCUGCUGUGACAGAAUCCUCAAGGGCAGACGACGCGGGCGGCCAUUGUGGCAGCAUCUACUGCCGGAGGGGGUUCCUGGUGGCUAUUUGAACCCGAUCUGCGUGGACUCCUUAGCUCUGGAAUGGGAUUCAUCUGUAGAUGUUGGAGACUCGAGGACACUAGAGGGCAGUGUUUCCUUUUGUAGCUCUGUGCUUGACCAGCCUGAUGGAUUGGCGAUGGCAUCAGGACCAUGGGGCUGUAGGAGAAACCGGCGGAUCCAUGGUGAAUGGAUGUAUGACUCCAGCACAACACAGCAGAUGGAUGUGGGCUGUCAGUGCGACUCUGAAGUUAACACAGUAUCAGGUGACUACGGUCCUCUGUUUGACACCCAGUUGCAAGUCAGAGACAGACUCUCCUGUGAUGUCGCUGAUGCUGUUGAAAAGCCACUCACUGGGAAACUGAGGAAGAGGAACGGACUCCAGACGUGGCAACAAGAGGCAACGAGAGAGUGGCCAGGACGAAGCCACUCAGACUGGUUCCAAAGUCAGAGGGUGGGCCCCAAGGCAAGGGCCAGAUACGUGAAGCAGUGGCUUCGAAUGCUGGAGCCCAAACAGAAGCUUAGCAAGAGAGGAACAACCACACUGGAAAUGGCUACAGGACUUGACAGGCUGCUACACCAUCCAUCCCCUCCUUCCAUGGGGAGCAGAUUGCCUUGUACUGGUUCCACCCUGCCUCUCCUCCCUGUGGUUGUGGCCAUCGUUCUGUCACUGGUGCUUGUGCUGCUGGCUGUAGUCCUCCUCGUUUUUCCCAUUGUGAUCCAGGAGUGUAACUGGCACCGGAGAAAUACCUUUCUACCGUUUCACUUCGCGCUGUCCUACCUUAAUGGCCCCCCACCAACGUAACCUCUGCAGAACCUGGGACCUCUCGCUCUUCACCCAGAGGCUGAUGACUGCAUUGACUGAGGAACCCACUCUUAAUGGUGACCAUUGCGACUUGAGCUGGCCAACUAUCCACCUGCUGGAUCCCAAAAUGAGCCAACCUGUUCAGUGAACGUCCAGCACAGGGUCAGAUUGGAACCAGUUUGAAACUGAUGGAUUGGAGCCAAGUUGAGGCCAAGAGCUGGGAUUGAGGCCGGCAAGGUUGGAAUCUGGGAAUGUCGUGCUUUGUUCCUUGCAUCAUCGAGAUUGGCUGAAGAGCUAGCCGUUUCCACCAUGUCAUGUCUUGUGUCUGUUUUUGUAUCUAUUCUUGUAUCUAUUCUCUCUCCUCUGUGCAUUGAUGCAAAAUGGUUCUUGUGGAGUAACUAUUUUCUCUUUGAAGCCAAACCACCCCCCCCUCCCAAAGAAUAACAAACCUCAUGACCCACUUUACAGCCUGAGUGUGGCUCCCUCCAGAGUAAUAUUUCCCAAAUGCUGUUCAGAGUGAUGCUCCCACAGUCACAAUGUGGGUGGAUAGGCAAUGUGAGUCCAUUUGCAUGGAGUGACACUCAACUGUGAAGGAGUCCAUGGUGUUGAGACUGACCCCCUUUUUUUUUCCUUUAUGUAGGGAGGUGGUGCUCUCUAUUCUCCAGCAGCUUGACCCCUGGGAUCGAUUUGGUAUUCCUGCCCCAUGUUACUGUUGGGUGAUGUGCCCCAGGAAGGGUUGAGGGGAGCUGCUGCUAAUCAAGGGUCAGUGUCUCCCAUUCAAACAGAGGAGUUUGUCAGCUGGACAGACUGGAGGAGAGGAAGAGGUCAAUGUGAAAAAUUGCACAACUCUCAGAUGGGGCAAGAAAUGAAGUGACAGGAGGAAUCAGUGUGUAACAGCAAAGAUAAGAUAAUGAGGUAUUUGUGUGUGGAUGUGAUACAACGUGUGGCCUGGUUUAAUCAGAAUGUUUUAAGGCUUGAAGACUCCAAGGGAGAUGUUGAUUCAACUCCCGUGGUCUGUGGGCCAAUGUGGAAAUGAUGAUGGGACAGAUAGAAGCCAUUUGGCCCAUCAAGUCCACACCAACCCUCUGAACAGCAUCCCAUCCCAUCCUCUCCCUGUAAGCCCACAUUUACCAUGGCUAAGUGGAGAAGUCUUGUACCCUCUGGGCCGAAUGGCUGCCAUCUGUGCUGUGACCAUUCUAGGAUCCAAUGGGUAGGUUGAGAUUGGGUUAGACUGAAGACAGGAGCUGAGUGAUGUCUGUGUGCUGGGGUGAGGUGGUUUUUGAUGUCUGAGUGGCUAGGCAAGGAGAGUUGUGGGUAGGGAUGUCUCAGCAGGGUGGUGUGGAUUAAGGGUAACCAUUUAAGGAUGGGUGAUUG